CACAAAAAUCUAUUUACAGUAGGUUGUGAGCGGAUCAAGUGUAUCCGUUCAGAUUAAUGCUGCAUCUCACUGUAACUAAAAGCUUUUUCGAGGUGGAUUUUGUGUAAUUAACAGAUAUUGUGCACAGUAUUUAUUAGUUAUUCCUCGGUGGAACGUUUUAAUUUGUAUUUUUUCAUCUGCUGAAGCGGAAGAUCCAGGAAAAAGAUGUCUUCGGACGAAGACAGAGCGAAGGAGAUUCUGAAGGGGUUUAAACUAAACUGGAUGAAUCUUAGAGAUGCAGAGACAGGGAAGGUUCUCUGGCAGGGAACUGAAGAUCUCUCCCUUCCUGGGGUAGAACAUGAAGCUCGGGUUCCUAAGAAGAUCCUGAAAUGUAAAGCAGUCUCCAGAGAGCUGAAUUUCUCUUCAGUAGAAAAAUUGGAAAAAUUCCGACUGGAGCAAAAAGUUUUCUUUAAAGGCCAGUGCCUAGAAGAGUGGUUUUUUGAGUUUGGCUUUGUGAUUCCUAAUUCUACAAACACAUGGCAGUCUUUGAUAGAAGCUGCACCAGAGUCACAAAUGAUGCCUGCAAAUGUCUUAACGGGUAAUGUUGUUAUAGAGACCAAGUUUUAUGAUGACGACCUUCAUGUCAGCACGUCCCGGGUACGACUCUUCUACGUCUGAGACAUGGAACCUUAAUUGAUUUUUUUUUUUUUUUUACUGUCAGUCCAGAGGAUGGACCCAUCACUACAAGUUUCAAUGUAAAGAGGAGACACUUUACAUACUGAGUAUUUCUUCUGAGGCGCUGUGACAACAACAUUAAAGGGAACAUUCAAAACAGUUUCAAGACAAACGAUUACACCAGUUUUAUGGCAGAUAAGGACUUGUACAUAAGAGGUAUCAUGCUUAUGACAACCUGGUUGUAUAAAUUACCUGUUUGUAUAUUUUUCUUCUUCUAUAAUUCAAACCUGCAAUGUACACUGCUUCCUUAGCUGUUUUUAAAAGGGUUUCUCCCA